CAGAAAGCAACAAAAAGAAUACUCCAGGCCAAAAGUCUGGUGCAAAGAAAAAGUCUCCAGGAAUUGUAGAACGUGGUAUGCAGUUGGUUCCGUUGCCAAGCAACAUCUCUUCUCGUAUUCACGAUGUUCAGGAUUCGAUUUCUCAACAGACAACUGCGAUUGCUGUUCGUGUAAAGGCCGCUACAGGAGACUCGAAAGUUUCGAAAUACUCGCAUUCCUUGUUAGACGCCAAUAAUGAAACGUUGAGUACACGACAUAAAAGUUUGGCGAUAAAAGACAAAAAGGAUCAAAAGCCAAAAGAUUCAGCUGAUGAAACAUCUUCUACAACCGAUACUUCCGUUUCGGAGAUUCAAAGCAGCGACGCGGAAGAUAUAGCGAAUGACAUUCACCUGUCGAGCAAACAAAGACGUACAAAAUCAGAUCAGCAAACGGACAAGCCUUCUGACGAUUAGUGAUAACGGAAAUGAAAAGACGUCACGAGAUUGAUGCAAUCUGAAACGUUCGCCUCAUUAAAUAACAUAUUUGGACUAAAUUCUACAAUUUGUAUGACUUUAAAGAACAUUUAACAAAGAAUAUGCAUAUAUUUUGUUUUAUCAAGGAAAUGACUAUCUGGAUUAUUAAAUCUGGUCAAAUAAUGAAUCCUACCACUUUUUAACUUGUAUGGCAUAUUUUUAAUACACACCUGAAAUGCAUUUUGUA